AGCGAUCUUGUGCAUAUUCAUAUUGACAAUUGCCACAUCCGAAGUAAGUAUUGAAAUUUAACAUCGUUUCCGUUUGUAAAAAUCAAAGACAAGAACAGUUUUGCUGCUGGAGUUCCUGGUAGUUCGAAAAUGUCGCAGGCGUCCCGUUUGCCUGCGCGACAGCUGUUUAUGGCUCUCUUGGCCAACGUGUUGCUGCUCUUGUUCCUCCCAAUUCAGACAAACGCCGAGACGUUUGGAAAGAUUACGAGUUGCCCGGCGUGACGCUUAAACGCGCUGCCCGAGGUGCGGAAAUUUCUGAAGGAUGAGAGCAACCGAUCGGGCGUGUCCCAGUACCCCGGCGUCCAAAUGGUUUGGCACCGGGGAGAGUCUCCCCGUCUGGAGAUCAGGCCUGCGCUGUCCAGCGGGAACAAAGCAUCGCUGGUUACACGACCCGGAGUUGUUGCCUCAUCCGAAAGUGGAUCCAACCAACCAGCAAAAACCGCUGGAGCUGACCUAGACUACGAUACGCCAAUAGCGGCGGAGACGAUACCAUUGGACAAGUUUAAGUUUCACGACCUGCAUCUGCUGCUGCAAUGUAAGGGCUUCCGCACCGUGCUACAGGAGAGGGCAAGUGCGAGGGAGUGCGAUAGCUUCAGGGAGAAGUUUCCGGAGCACUUUCAGAUCAACGCCGCGGUGCCUCUUGCACAAGAUGCAGAAGACAGGGAAGGCCAACUGAAUCCGGUAGCGCGAGACAAAGCAGGAGAAGCAGUCGCAGCGACGUUGAGCCUUCUGCAUGAUUCCCGUAUUUUUUGUUUUUCUUGAGUGCGAUUCUUGUGAGUCUGUCUGAUGAACUAAUAUUGAGAUUGCCGCGUGUAGUUGCUCGAUUAUUUUGGCAGGCCUUAGCUACCACUACGCUUGUCUCUAUCUGGUGGCGCUCGUCCGUCUUCGUGUAAUCUGUAUCUGGGCAUGAAGAUCUGCACCUCGUCCAAGAAGUCUUCAACUCAUAAAUAUUCACAUGUGAUCAACAGCUGCCAACCUUAAUGCGCAAAGCCGCCGAACUUGGGCCGCUUCGCUAUUCCGAAGCCCGCUGGUGAUACUUCUUUUCGGCGUCUUCUGUUGCGGUUGCGUAUUUUACCAGUACGCUGACGCCGCGAUGGAUCGCUUCAAUAGACGGCAGCAGCGGAGAAAAUAUGACGCGGCAGCUGUCACUGAGCUUGACGCGGUGGAACUAGGGCAGGUUUCCGCUUCCCACGCCGCGCAGACGCCCGAGGGGGACGAGGACGAGGAGGGUGUUGUAGACUCUCAAAACUUUAGCCGCGGGCCGACCUGGAUGCGAAAUUCAAAUUUGGGGCCGCGAAGCACGUCGAAAAAUCGAAGUAACACGACCUCCGGGGAUGGUGCCGUAGCUGCCUACGAGAGCCCGAUCGCAUCUUCGCCCGGGAAGAUUCACUACGGACAUAAUAUUGGGGUAAGGAAUGCGGAGGAUGCGAUCUAACUGGGCUCCUCCGAGGAGAUGCGGUCUUCGUCUUUUUUCAAAGUGAUCCACUGACUCCCGAUUCUAUUUUCCAGAAAGAGCUACUGCUACCCUUUUUCCAGUACAUUUCUUGAGGAGUGAUUCCGCGCAGUAUAAUGAAUGAGCCUAGUGACUCUGCGAAUUUUUAUUGCUUUUGCUGGCGUGGUUGAUAUAGUCUCACGACUACAGGAGUUUCUACAUCACAGCGGCUAUGCCUAUGUUUGCUGUCGGAGGAGGUCGCGAUGUAGUUUUUCUGAAUCGGAUGCGGGUUGUUCGUUACACGUGCAGAGCACUGGCGUGGAGAAGGAUCGACAUGGCGAAAGCCGAAGUCGAAGAGGGCAGUCCAUAAAAAAUGUGCUGCGUUGCAUUGUUGCACGACAUUCAAAUGAUCGCAAUACUGCUCAAUGCGAUUGUUAGCGGUGUUUUGUGGUUCUCGUUGUUCGCAAGUUUCUUACGGGGAAAAAAUAG